CUCCCCGCGAAAGUGAAAGUACGCUAGGACCGUGUCUUCGACGAAAAAGCCAUAAAAUCGUCAAAACAUCAGCUGACGACUACAAACUAGCUGUAAGUGACCCUGCCUGAAUCAACGGACUCCUUGCAAGAGGAUUGAUUGUGUGUCCAGGUGAGCAUUGUGAGACGUUGGACUUUUGGACUUUGGAUCAUUCUGCCAGUGUACUAAACGUUACAACAGUCAGUCAACAGUCAGUUCUUUAUCUGACAAACAGUCUAACAACAGAUGAGAUGGAUGCCACUCAACAGCCAGCUUCAGUCCCACCAGUGGAUCACAAACUUGAAGGCAUGGAAUGUCAGGAGGAGGAGCAGCUUAAGUUCAGCCAGGAAUCCUCAGAGGGUGCCUCAGACGAGAACACUGACUCACAAGGGGCUGGUGCAGCCUGGGACGUACAUCUGAGGGAUCCUGUGCUUGUAUCAAUACAAAAGCUGUUUGAGGACAUAUCCCGCAGUGCUACUGAAGGUGCAAACAACAUUGAACGUCGUGGACACAAUAGACAUAACAUGGAUCUUCUAAGGUCUUUGCUAAAUAGAUGUUCCAAAUUAAGCCAGGACAUUGAGAGGCUUUAUAAGGACAUAAAAGAGGUCAUAAAAGAGGAAGAGGGAACUGACACAGGUUCUGCUCAGGGUAAUUAUAAUCUACCUGAGCCGGUCAGCUGCCAGAAGUUUGGUCCAGUCACAAUUCUGCUCCUGCAAAAACUUCUGCCAGCUGCAAGGUCAGUUGGGAUCAUCUUUGUGGAAGUACAAUCUGGUGGUCGCCUUUCAAUCUUUGCAUGCGGAACAUGUUUUCGGGUUGGCACAAAGUAUGUGAUGACCUGUAAGCAUGUUCUUGAUGAAAUAGCUAACAAAGGCCCUCCAGAGAAUGCCUUUGUAGAAUUCAACUUCUUGAAGGACUUUAAGACCUUUAAGCCAAUAAGAUUCCAAUUCAUAAAACAGGUUGCCCUCAGCAACAUCGAUGAUCUUGACUACUGUGUCCUCGAAUUCUCAAUUCCUGCUGACCUAACUGAAACAGUUAAGACCCAUCUGCCAGCACUUGGAACCCUGGUUUGCGAUGUAGAGCAUUCAGGUACUAUCACUUUGGUUGGGCACCCUGGUGGUGACCCCAAAGUCAUGGAUCCCAACUGCCCUUAUCCACACCCAUAUGUAGGGGUGUAUCGGAAACUCAAUCCUCAGCCUUCUCAGCUUAAUGAUCCACGUAGGGUAACCUACUGUUCUCUCAUGGGGCUUGGAUCCUCUGGGUCCCCUGGGUUUAACGAGGAUGGAGACCUUGUGGUCAUGCACGCUUGCCGCUACCGCCCACAUGAUCAGAAUAUAGAGCAGGGAGUAAAGAUGACUGCUAUCAGGGAUGAUCUGAGACAGAGAAAUCCAGAUCUGUGUGAAGAAUUGUUUCCUACAUCACGGGGCUUAUCCACUACUGAAACAACAUCCUAGAGAGACUUGGAUAAGUCAACUAAGUAUUUGGGGAAUGCAUGCCUUUUGCUGCAGAGUAGAAUAAGACAUUUUUAUUCCUUGUAAGUUGUGGCUGAACGGGCCAAAUUCAAUCAGUGC